UCGUCUGGGAGGGAGUCACAGGAAAAGUUGCUCAAGAUGGCAAAUCCCUCGGACUCGCAGUGAAGGGGGAGCCGCUCCCCGACGGAGAGAGCAGCCGAGCCCGAGCAGCAUGCGACCCUUCGCAGCCCCAGGAGGGAUUUCCUGAAGAAAGAAAAUGAAGCUGAUGUGACACCGCCUGAGCUGGAAGAAAGCUGACUCAUCAAAUAUCAAUCCCUCUUGAGAUCGACUAAAGCGGCCAAAAGCCGCUCAGAUCAACCCACCGCACCUCACUACUCCCUUUCACUGUCGCUGAAGGAGAUUAUCAGACCAGGGGAAAGGUGGUGUGAAACACCCCCCUCCAGCAGGAAUAUAUACAACGUCUGCUGCAGGCUUAACUUUUAUCAGCGUCUACUAGUGCCCCCCUGUUCCGGUCCAGAAUGACAAGCCUAAGAAUAGUAUUGCAGUCCUUCAGCUGAUCUCCACCGGCCGACCCGCCCCUGCCUCGUAACGGCCAAGAGAAAUCGUCCACGGUUGUAACCCUGCGAUAAUUUUACCCGUAUCACCGUUGCAAAGCUUUGGGAGAUCCCUGCUCUGAGUCUGCUGAGCUCGUCUCUCAGCCCUGCCCAUCCCCGUUCGCUGUGCCUUCACCCCCCGUUUCGCAGACCAUGAUGUUUCGCGAUCAGGUGGGCGUGCUAGCCAGCUGGUUCAAGGGGUGGAACGAGUGCGAGCAGACGGUGGCCCUGCUCUCCCUGCUGAAGAGGGUGAGCCGGACCCAGGCCCGCUUCCUGCAGCUGUGUCUGGAGCACUCCCUGGCCGAGUGCACCGAGCUGCAGGUCCUGGAAGCAGAGGCCAACAAUCCAGGUAUAAUCAGCCAGUGGCAAGUUGAGCCUAAGGAGCGCGUCAUCUCGCUGGUCCUCACACAUCUCCCACUGCUCAAGCCCGGCAACACUGAAGCUAAGGGGGAGUACAUGCGUCUGCUGCCGCGUAUCCUGGCCCACACCAUCGAGCAUGGCCACCACCUGGAGGAGUCUCGCCAGCUCUUGUCCUACGCCCUUAUCCACCCUGCCACCUCCCUGGAAGACCGCGCCGCGCUGGCACUGUGGCUCAACCACCUUGAGGAGAGAGCUGCCGCACGGGGAGACUCCCUGGAAAGACCUCCUCCCGCUGGACCACACCAUCACCACCACCACCACCACCACCAUCACCAGUCCACGCCUCCGUCUACUCUCACCUCUUCAGGGUCCUCCUCUUCCACAAACACCUCUUCAACAGGCAACCUGUACACCCUCCAUCACCAGCAGCGCUACGGCUCCGACGAUCGCCUCAACGGCUGGCAGAGCUCUCGGGAUUCAGGAGUGGUCGGUGGCUGGCAGCAGGGCUGUGAAAACGGACACCUCCCUCUCUACCCGUCAUCCUCUGUACCAGCAACCAUUAACACAGUGGGAACCAGCGGGGGGAGCAGCAUUAUCCUGACCAGUGGAGGGGGCAGUCAGCAGCACAGUCCCCUAAAGCGCUCCGUGUCCCUCACACCCCCCAUGAGCGGCCCCAGCAACCAGCCCCUGGGCCACGUGUGGCUGUCCCAGGAGGACCUCCGGACCGCCAGGGGCCCGGCCCCGGACCACGCGCCGCUCUCGCCCCAGAGCAGCAUCGCCUCUUCAGGGAGUGGAGGCAGCGAGCACCUGGAGGAUGCAGGUUUAGGAGGAGGCUCAGGGCUGCACCGGAGCUCCUUCCACGAGGAGGGGAGUGGGAUGAGAGAUGUCCCUGCAUGGUUGAAGAGUCUCCGUCUCCAUAAGUACGCUGCUCUCUUCUCUACAAUGACCUACGAUGAGAUGAUGUCGCUGACCGAAGAGCUACUGGAGGCACAGCAGAAAGUCACUAAAGGAGCAAGGCACAAGAUUGUUAUCAGCAUUCAGAAACUCAAAGAGAGACAGCACCUUCUUCGCAGCCUGGAAAAGGAUGUGUUGGAGGGCAGUAAUCUACGCGCCCCGCUGCAGGAGCUCCACCAGAUGAUCAUGACACCGAUCAAGGCGUUCAGCGGCGGGGAAGAGUCCUCCCUGCAGCGCCCCCUGCUGAGCCCGGAGAGCAAGAGCGCCGCGCCGGGCUCCCACCUCACCGGGGGAGGUGGCGGGGAGGCCGAGUCCGGCUCAAGUGUGAUUGCUGAGGGGGAUCUACCUGGGCAGUUCACGCGUGUCAUGGGCAAAGUUUGCACCCAGCUCCUGGUGUCGCGGUCAGACGAGGAUAACAUCAGCUCCUACCUGCAGCUCAUCGACAAAUGCCUGAUCCAUGAGUCGUUCACAGAGACGCAGAAAAAGAGGCUGUUGUCAUGGAAACAACAGGUCCAGAGGCUGUUCCGGUCCAUUCCGAGGAAAACCCUCCUUGACAUAGCAGGGUACCGACCACAGAGGAGCAGGUUUGGUCAGUCCAACUCUCUGCCCACCACUGGCUGUGUUGGGGGCAGCGUGUCGUCCAGGAGGAACCUCCACCAGUUCCACAUGCCCUCCAGGAGCUUGCCAGGUGCCAGACUGGGUUUACUGGGCAGCGGGGGGCUGCUGGGACCCACACCCCGCAGCUCCAGCAGCACUCCCACCGGCCCCAAGCAGGGCAGGCAUGGUCCGUGGUUUGCCAACCCCGGAGGAAGUAACAGCAUGCCCAGUCGGACCCACAGCUCCGUGCAGAGGACCCGCUCCCUCCCGGUUCACACCACGCCACAGACCAUGGUCAUGUUCCAGCAAGCCGAUCUUCAGUUACCAGUGACGGAGCCAGACAUAAACAAUCGGCUCGAGUCUCUGUGUUUGAGUAUGACAGAGCACGCCUUGGGAGAUGGUUCUGACCGCACAUCAACGAUAUGAGACGGGGACCCGAGCGAGAGCAGCAGGGCGCCGCAGGUCCACGAGGGUCUCUCACCAUCCGCCACCUGAAGGUCAGCAGUCGUCCCGCCCCCUCUCCCUGCAGCCGACGGUAGAGCUGGACCGGACCGGGCGGGAUCCAGGAAACACAAGCUGGCCGCUCAUCAAACGGCAACGCAAGCUAUCACGUCGGUGCCGUCCAUCGUCGGAAAAACACCCACUUCCUGCUCCGCCGGCAUGCUCACAGUCAUCUGUGUCUGAGGAGAGAGGAAACACGGCUGGAGACUAGCGCCCCCCACCCCCCGCAGGGAGCCGGAGGCAUGACCACAGUCCAGUCAGCUCCAUCCGGAGGGAGAUGCUGGCCUGUGAAUCAGCCCUUAACACCAUACACUGCAGUUCAUCGAUAACUUUAAUAAUUACCUCAGACCCCGAGACGAGACAAGCAGAGCCACAAGGAUCCAGAAGGACGUUUGAGAUCUUCCUGGGCUGAUUCCAGUGCAGGCCAAGCGUCCAGAGCGGAUGUUUGUAGAGCUUUGGAGGGCUUCAUUGCUCAGUAUUAGGUUGCAAAAAAAAAAGAAAACAUUUAUUUGUAUUGUAUGUUUUUAUUGUUUACAUUAUGAUGCUACUUUCAGAGGGUACCGAAACAUGUUAUAAUUUGUGGUAUGUCUUGUGUUAAAGCCGUCAUCGUUCGUCUUUUUACGCCGUUACAUCUCACAAGUAGCAAUCACACUAGUUUACAACUAACGAAAAACUAACAUGCUUAUUCUUUAUCUUACCAGUGAACAGGGAAAGACAAGUAGCUCAGAGAGAGAAAGAGAGGCGGAAGUUAAACAGAUGUGGGGAGAAGGACAAGAGGAGGAAGGUGAUGGAAAGUAGUAGAGGAAAGGCAUCGAGCUGAAGUGAUUCUGAGAAGGGAAGCGGAUGUUUUAAGAAGAAAGACCUCAGAGGCAGGACCUUUGAAGAUGACAGAGGAAGAUGAUGUCAUGUCUGAUCACGAUGGGGAUCCGUUCAUGUGAGUAAGCGUAGGGGGAAGCCAGUCUGGCAGCGCUCGGCCACGUAUUCUUCACCUACAACUUGUACUGUAUGAACUCUGAAUCCAAAGCCAUUAUAGGUAGAACACAUUAAAAGUAGUUUAUAGGUAUAUAUCUUUAUGUAAAUGUAAAUCUAAGAGCAGAACAUUAGAGGAAUCUGUCUGCAUGUUUAGAUGUUGGCUUUUUUUGCUAAAGCAGGGUGACGUACUGAAGCUGCAUGUUACAAAUAAGGAGGAGAGAGAGAUUAGAAAUGUGGAGUGGAAACGGGACGUAGGUUUGAUUCUCCCUCCCAGACCGCAUCGCUGGGAGGGUUGAAACCGGGGAGGAAGUGCACACCGUAGUCUGAGAUCGGCUCUGUCGUUAGGGCUUAGCUCCACCUGCUGGUCAUGUGCAGUAACUACAGGACAGACCUGAAGAGACACGGGGAAGCUGCACACUGGUGGAUCAGUGGAAGAUGACAGUUCAUAGAGCGGGUGUGUUUGUACAGAUUGCCCGUGUAGCUCAGCCUCUUUUAAUCUCAUGGUUAUUCUGUGUCUUAAUAUUCAUCCUCGCUUUUUUUUUGUGUCUGGAAAAGAAAAAGUUUAUAUUGAAAUAAGCUGGUGAGGUUACUGGAAAGGUAUCAGAGUGAGUCCUGACCCGAACCGUCGUCUUUGGGAGGUUUCUGUUGUUCAGUUUCUUUAUUCAUUUUCUUGCAAUUCUAUAGUAUUUUCUUUGUAUCCUGCACUUGAUAUGAUAAUGUGAUACUCUAAAAUCCAAACGUUCAAGGCUCAACGGCAGUGCUGCGCGUUGGAAUCGGAUAAUACGGGGAAGAGCGGGCCUGGCGGUCGCCGUCGGCCGUAGAGCUCACGUCUCGGUGAAAACAGGAAAGCAGAGCAGUAAAAAACGAGCAGCAGAGACGAACGUACCAGAGUUACUCCCUUCUGUAGGCUCAGAGCAGGAACAUGUCGUCCAGGUGAAGGACCAGAUCAGUGUUUGUGCAUGUUUUGGUUCAGUGAUUCUGUUUUGCACUUGCAGAUUAUAAAAUAAAUACGUUUUUUUAUUUUACAUCUUUGCUCCAGGCUUUUUAGAGAGAUGUAUAUGAACUCCAUGAAUUUUUGCUCAGAUGGAUCUCAUACUUCGGAAACCUGUAGAAAGUUUUAUUUUUCCUCUCACGACACUACAGAGCUCUUACAGACGGACAGCUGUGAUGCGUUCAAUGUGUGACUUGUAUUAAAGGGACAAAAACCUGCUUCUACUCUGUUAUAGGACCCGUUUCUCAGUCGGUUGAAUGUGCAGAUCCAGUGAUGCCGCCUUGAAACUCCCGUCUGGAGUCUGGAUCUGACGACACACUCACGCAGCUGGAGGGGUUUUACAGCUGGAAACUAAGGACUUUGUGCUGUUUUUUUCUUUUUUUUGUUUGUUUGUUUUUAAUGUGUGUGUUUCUACUCGCCCGUAAAUCGUUUGUGAAUUCCACCAAAGUGUGAAAGUGACAUGAAGUCAUCAAAUCCUUCAAAUCCUGGAUGCAGAAGCUGGUGUUACACAUUUGACUUGUUAGUUCCUUCUGAUGCUUCUUUGCUGUGACGUGGCAUCAGGGUCUCAUCAUCUUUCAGUGUCACUGCCUUAUGAAUCAGUACUUCAAGUUAAAACAAUUAUUUAUUCUUUUUUUUUUUUUUUUCUUUCCUUUUUCAUAUUUUUUGCAAAGGUUAUGCUGAUCAUUUAGGUGAUUGAAUAUUUAAAGUACCAUAUGUAUUAACGUGUUAUGGCUGGUGACCAUACAUACAUCUCAAAUAUUAACCAAGUUAUUGUUGACUUUUACUUGUUGCUGUUGUUAUUUUUGUUCGUAAGUGUCGGUGUCGCGCUGAGAUUUUUCCUUUAAAGCCUUGCUGCCGGAGUGCAGCCGCUCCGUCUCACAAGCAUCGAUGCUCCAGCAGCUUCAGAGCUCGGUGUCAAACAGCAGUGUGACGGUGUUGCAGGAACUAGACGGAUCCAUUUUGGGCAGAUACGAUUUGGAUUUCAGAUCUGGACUCUGAGCUCGGUGCUGUUUGUUUGGGAGAGGUUGCCAGUUGUGUGUAUUUUUUUUUAGUUUUUUUUUUUUUUUUUAGUCAUUAACAAAUUCCAUGCAAAGAGAAAUUCAUAAAGUAUUUUAUUUUUAUCUCAGUAUUUUCUCACUUGAAACAGUUGUGCUGUGUACGUUUAAAGCCAUUUUAUGCAUAAAUACCACCUGUGGCCACAUGGGGGCAGCAGACAAUAGAAAAAGGCCACGACUGUUUCGAAAUAGCAGAUUCAACAAGUUUGGACUUUGGCGUUCCUGCAGUUUGGUCUUUCUGCUACAUUAAAGGUUGAAUUGAACAUGGAGAAAUGCUGAAAGUUAAUUUGUUUCACUAUGGACUCCUGCAACAAGUGUAUAAAACUGUUACUUUAUAUGAUGUGUUUUAAUGGGUGUUAUGCUUUCAUAUGUCAGUCAUGUUGUAAAGUUCCCUUUAAGAGAAAAAACACUGAAAAUGUUGGACAUUUUCAGAUACUCUCCAUCUGGAUAACAACAAAAUUGAAGUUGGAGCAUCUUUUUCUUUUCUUCUUUUCUUUCCCCCCAUUACUUCUGCUUGUUGAUGGGAAGUGCAUUCUGGGAUCAUUUUCAUCUUAAGCCUCCACUGACUGCAUCCUCCAUAAACAACACAUCUGGAGGUUUAACUUCACUAGAUGUGUCCUUUGAAUUGAAUCAGUACUUUGGUUGUGAUUACUGAGGUACAAACACGCAAAUCAAGCGUAUGGAUCUGCUCACGUUUCAGCCGCUGGCACACGGAACAGCGGAGAGCACCUCUAGUGGAACAGAGUGGCAUUACAAACGCGUGCAGGUCCCUGCUGGACUGCCCCCAUGUGGUCACACGUGGCGUUACUACGCAGCGGUUUUAACAAAAGUUACUCGAACAGUAAGAGUGUUUUUCGUGGAUUUAACGGCUCUAGUGAGUUUUAGUUGCAGGAGGACGACAUAUCAGUGAGGUGCAACACAGCUGGUGUUGGAUCACUUGUCUUUUUAGAGGAUUGUUGAUUUUAAAGAGUGUCAGUCCUUAUCUAAUCCAUAUUAUCAAGGGGAAUAUUUAAGAGAUUUUGUGUAGUUUUUUUUGUUGUCACUUUCCAUACCGCUGUGCUUAGCCUGAGCUAUGAAGACACGCUGGUGUAGAUUGCAUCUCAAAGGCUUGAAUCAAGGCAACUGGACUUUGUUUUCUUGGUUUGUUUUUAAAAGCGGACAAAAGCCCAACGACCCACAGGAGUGACGGGAGGUUUGACUUGACUUUAAUUGAUAAAAGCCUUCUGGGCGGAAGCUGAAACAUCUGUAAGAACCAAGAAGGUCCAGCGGCCGUGAUUCAGGUGGUCAACAGUUCUAAAGGUGUUGGUAAAAAGUUCAGACUUAUUUCAGUUUGCGUUAAAGCACUACAUCUCCUUUAUUACCACCUUUCCUACAAAUACUGACUGAUAACUUUAGAUAACUUGGUAUGGCGUGAUUUUUGUUUUUGUGGCAGUAAAGUGGCAUGACUUGUGUGUGAACGCAGACGUGCAGGAUCUUCCUGCCGCUCAUCUCUUCAAACCAAAAGCAGGUCGGCGGCGUGGGCCGCCCGCGCCGCCCUCGGCAGCAACACUGAGUUCACCUCGAUAUUCCAAAAACCUGUCAUUUACUUUGCAUCAUGUAUGCUGUUGUUGUUUAUAAAUAGAUCCUUCAGUUUAGUCCGUUUAUGUCAGUGUGGGAUGCCAAGACCGUUUCUGUAAAUGCGUCUGCAUCUUUUCUGUAAGUGUUACCGCUUGACUGUGCUCCUUUUACUUAAUGUAGUUUUGUUUUUCUCAAAGAGCCGAUGUCCUGUAUUGACUGCAGGCUUACGUUUAUAUUUGACUAAAGAAUAUUGUAUGUUAAAUGAUUGAAAAAAAAAAAAACAAAGAA